AGAAUAUAUAUUUAAUAUGCAAUAUCAUACAAAAGUAGACAAAUACAAUGACAGCAAGACAAUUCUUAAAAAAUAUUUUGGAAAAAGAGACCACAAAAACAAACCAUUGGGGCUUUGCCAUAUGGCUGCCUGGGUGGAGAUAAAUUUAGGUUCUAUAGACAACUGGAUCAGGUGAUAACAGCCCACUUGAGUAUCACUGUUAUCACUUCAGAUCGAGGGGUUUCCUUCCCACGGCACCAAGGGCUUUCCAUCUUCCACGCAGGAUGGAAGAGCAGUUUCCACGCAUCGUGGAGUGAUCCGCUGCGCUCUGUGUUCUGACAGCCCCUCCAACCCCCCCAAAAAAGAAAAAAAAGAGGCGUUUUAGUGACAGGCACCAUGCGCAAUGACUUACUCUGAUGAGAUUCAGCAGGCGCUGCACACCAAUCUAGUCCGCAUCUUUUUCUAACAGCAUCCAGAGAGAGAAGGAGCGACUGGAUCCUCUGACGCAGCAUGACAGACACAGUGAUGAGCGGCGGGUCGGGCCGCUGGGUCUCAAACGACAGGCAGGGAAGCAUGCAUGCUAAGGAUAAAGAGCAGGGUAACUGGACCAUGCAGCCAGGUCCCGGUCCCGGUCCAGAUCUGACAGAUGAAGAAAAGGAGAUAAUAAACAGUGUGAUUGCCCGGGCGGAGAAAAUGGAGGCAAUGGAGCAGGAAAGAAUCGGCCGCCUGAUAAACCGUCUGGACGACAUGAAGAAGACGGUUUGUGGAGAUGGAGUGUCCCGCUGUUUGCUGUGUGGAGAGCAGCUUGGAUCACCGGGGGUCAGCUCAGUGGUGUGUGAAGACUGCAAAAAGCACAUGUGUACUAAGUGUGGGACGCAGUGUGGCAGUCAACCACGGGCUGUUUGGCUCUGCAAGAUCUGCAGGGAACAACGGGAGGUGUGGAAGAGGUCUGGUGCCUGGUUUUUCAAAGGUUUUCCAAAGCAUUUUUUGCCUUCACCCAUGCCAUUAUCAAAACCAAAGGAGGCAGCUGCCCAGAAGAAAACGGAGCCUCAGAGGACAGUAGGCUCUGAGCAGAGGGACAAGGUCACCCAACCACAACCAGGUCCUAGUAAGAGUCAGCCUCCAGUUGCAGAGCAACAAGUUUCAAGCAAGGCUUCAGCUGCAGAGUCACAAGGCCGGGCUGGUUACCCACCUGUGGCCCCUAAACCAUCUGUGCGCAUGGCCACGGGCGGGGCUGGCCCUGAGGAGCUCGGUCAGGGAAGUCCAGUGGUCAUGAAGAAGAUGGUACCUGUCCAGAGCUCAAGACAGCCGCCUUCUGCUCAGCAAGGUCCUGUGGCAGGAGACGCUUACUCCUCUGGAGCUCCUCCAGAGCAGAGAUCCUCUCUUGACAGGAGGCAGCCCACUCCCUACGGCUCUCACACCCCCCGUCAACAAGCCCCCCCUGCUGAGGAGGAGGAAGAGGUGAACGACUACGACUCUGAUGAAGCCACCACGUUGGGUUCGCUGGAGUUCGGCCUGCUCUACGAACAGGAGAGCAACAGCCUCCACUGCAGCAUCCUCAAAGCAAAGGGACUGAAGCCCAUGGACUCAAAUGGAUUGGCAGACCCUUAUGUGAAGCUUCAUCUGCUGCCAGGGGCUAGUAAGUCUAACAAGUUGCGCACAAAGACUUUGAGGAACACUCGUAACCCAGUGUGGAAUGAAACACUCACCUAUCACGGCCUGACAGAGGAUGACAUGCAGCGCAAGACUCUCCGGGUCUCUGUCUGCGAUGAAGACAAGUUUGGGCACAACGAGUUUAUCGGGGAAACUCGAGUGGCACUAAAGAAACUGAAGAUGAACACAAAGAAAAACUUCAACGUGUGUCUUGAGAGGGUUGUGCCUACAAAGAAAACUGCAACCGCUGGAACAGCAAGAGGGAUCUCACUCUACGAAGAUGAGGCAGGGAAAGAUGGCACGGAGGUGGAGGAACGUGGUCGUGUUUUGAUCUCGCUCAUGUACAGCACGCAGCAGAACCGCCUCAUCGUCGGCGUUGUGCGAUGCGUCCACCUGGCUGCCAUGGAUGCUAACGGCUACUCCGACCCCUACGUCAAGAUAUCUUUGAAGCCGGACAUGGGGAAGAAGGGGAAGUGCAAAACACAAAUCAAGAAGAGGACUUUGAAUCCUGAAUUUAAUGAGGAAUUCAGCUUUGACAUCAAACACAGUGAACUGGCCAAGAAGACGUUAGAUAUCUCUGUGUGGGAUUACGACAUUGGGAAGUCUAAUGAUUACAUUGGGGGGUGUCAGCUGGGAAUCACUGCCAAAGGGGAGAGGCUGAAGCACUGGUACGAGUGUUUGAAGAACAAGGACAAGAAGAUCGAGCGCUGGCACACCUUGUAUAAUGAGAAUCACGUUGCUAGUGAUUAACCAUACAGCACGGGCUUAUUUAUCGAUGCGUUUGUCUUCACUCCACGUGGCCCUUUUCCCUCCCCUGCAGUUAUUUUUGAUUUAUUUCAUCAUCUCAUGUUUGGCUUCCACUUUCAGUUUGCAUCUUGUCUUACUUUACCAGAGCUGAUCCUGAAUCGAACCGAGAUCCAAGCUGAAUAUGAAACUCCUGCCGCAAAAGGAACUCACGCCUGUGUUAGAAAGAGCUAAGAACUUCUUGAUUAAAGAAAAAAAGAAGUUGCACUGAAGAAGAAAAGCAAUAUGUUAUGGCAAAUACUUUCUAAAUCCUUGUUCGAGCUUUUUAGAGCCCCCAUGUUCAUUAAGAUUUUCAUUUUUAGACUUUUAAUGCAUAAUAUAUGAGCAUGUCAGUUCGCACAUCUACUAAAUACUCCACCAAAUGAACACUAUGUAUAAUUUCAUGAAGAAAUGUUUACAUAUUGAUACAUUGCUCAGGUUAGGGUAGAGAUCUGAUGUAAGUGGGACGUAAAAUAGAUGCUGUUAUGUUGUUAUUUCAAAAUAUUAUAGCACACGUGUAUGGUCUCAAAGGAGUUUUUUUUAAGUAAUGUGACUCAAACUGUGAAUAUUUUAGGUUGAUGGGAAAAUAUCAAUAACUGAAAAGUGAAACGUGAUGCGAUUUUUUUUUUUCCAAUUUAUUUUUGCAGUUACAAUGAAAAAAAACUAAAGAGACUUGAACCUGCUGCAGAGAAUAGGUUUUGUACUUCAGAGUUUACAGUGAAUGCACACAGUCAAGUUUGCUGCAGGUAAACCAGUUAUGUCUAAAGUAUGUGCAGCUUUUACCUGCAUGCACCGUGCUCGUGAAUUUCGUGUGCCUGGGGCCGUAACGGCCCGCUUUUACCCCGACGUACCCUUUGCACAAAGCAGAGCCCGUUUUUUCCGUCUGCCACACCUUUAAUCAUCUGUGUGUGCUUGUUCACUAAUCACUGCAGACCAAGGGAAGCACACCUUACAAAGUGGAAUGACCUCAAAUUUAUACAACUGUGUGCAACUUUUUUCCAAUGUCAAAACAGACAAAACACAAAAGAUCCUAUGCAUGAAAUGUCUUGUGAGUCAAGAUAUAUAUAUAUACAUAUACUUUGUAAGAAAUAAAUGCUGUUGUAUUUCCAUUAAUGUUUACACUACUUCCCCACUAACAUUCCUACUGAUACUUUAUAUUCUGUACGAAAGUCAUAUUCUGCACGACUAUGAUAAUAACUAUGUUAUAAUAUGAAUAAAUCGGUUAGCAUCAACAGAAAUGACUAAAUCUCAGCAGAUCAAGUGAAAUCCUGUCAGGUUCUGUGCUUGAACAUUCAGAUUUCUCCAGUAUGUUUUCUUCAUGAAGCCACUCUGCCUCCAUUUAGCAGUAAUGUAGGCACUUUAACAGUAGGCUGUGUAAGUCACAAUGGCAUCAUGCUCAUCAGUUGAUGUUUAAAAGAACAGGCUUCUCUCUGAGCUAAAGUUAUAUCUGUCUUCUACUCGGUUCUGCAAGUUCAGUGGAAUGUUCCUUAAUCUCUGUAUUUGUACAUAGUGCAUGCAAUUGAAGUACGUAUGAUUGCAAAUGCAUGUGAAGAUUUUGCAGAGAGUUUACACAGACCAAUAAAACCUGAUGGAAAAAAAGCACAAA